AUGAGCUCGGCGAUGGCAGUCAAGACAGCCAUGGAGGGCCAAAAGGUGCUCAUCAUCUCCACAGAUCCGGCCCACUCCUUGGGCGACGCCCUGGGGUGCGAGCUCUCGGCCGGCGGCCAAGACAGGCUGAAGGCCUCGCCGCCAAUGGCGGUCCGCGCUUUUUGGGUGCGCGCCUGGUCCUUUUGGGCAGCACUGCUAAGCAGUGCCGCUCAGAAGCAGGCGGGGCCUGGCGCAUGUUGGGAGGUCUUUUUGGUUGCGCUGGCCUUGUCUGGCAAUGGUUUUGGGGUCCUCGGCGAGGUGGCGGGCAACAUGGAGUUCGCCUCCCAGAUGAUUUUGGGCAUGGACAACAGCUGGCAGCAGGCCACCACCAGCACGGCGCUGCACAGUGCGGGGCUGAUGGGCUUCGGACAGGUCUUGGGCCUAGGCGACACGGGUGUGAAGGCGGAUGGCUGUGCCUUCUUCGAUCCUGCGGCCUUUGUGCCCUUCGAAAGCGUCAGUUCCACGCACCGGAAGCUGGCGGGCUACUUCUCCUCUGGCGGGGACACGAGCGACGGCCCGGAUGGCCACGGCACCCACAUCGCCGGCGCCAUGGUCGGGCAGCUUGCGGACGCAGAAGCACAGACGCUGGGCGUGUCGAAGAAUCUGGGGAUCGCGCCGGCCGCGCGGCUGGUAGUGGUGGACGUGGAGAAGAGCAGUGCCCCAGGGGAGUACAAGGUGCCGCACAAUGCCAUCGAGGCCUCAUACCUCGACAUUUUCCGGAAUGCGGAUGCAAAGGUCGUAUGCUCGCCUUGGAGCUAUGACGUGAAUUCGGAGCUUGAACAGCGGAUAGAUACCUAUGUCUGGAAUCAUCCGGAUUUUCUGCCGAUCUUCCCUUCUGGCAACGGCAUAGCGACGACAAGAGAAGGCAGCCAAGCCCAGUCCCCUUGCUCAGCCAAGAACGUGCUUUGUGUGGGCGCUUCAUACAAUGCGCGCAGCAUGUACGAGGAGCAGCCCUCCUUCGUCCACACCGCGUUGCGCUUCGGGUCGCGGGAGGUGCCCGCGCUGCCGGCGCUCUUCGGGGCCACAGCGCCGGUGGGCGGCAAAGCCGCCUGCGAGGCGGUGGUGGAGGACUGCGCCCUCUUUAAGGCCGCCUGCCCCGAGUGCGCCUUUCAGCCUGGGCGUUUGGCGGCGGCCGAGGCGGUGCCGCUGCGGGCGGCCGACCCGGAGGACGCCUGCCAGCCGCUGAGCGGCUUCCCCGUAGGACAUGUUUGCCUGGUGCAGCGUGGGGGCUGCGACUUCUUGACGAAGGCCAAGCACUGCUCAGACGCCGGCGCCAUGGGGGUUGUGAUUGUGAACGGCCUGAGCAGUGCCAUGGUGGUCAUGACGGGGGACGCAGCCCUGAUAGCACAAUACGGCCUCACGCUGCCAGUGGUAUUGGUCUCCAAUGCUGAUGGCGAGCAGCUGCAUUUGGCUGACACGGUCACCUUCCCGAUCAUUAGCGGCACCGUGGGGCCGCAGGCCCGGGCCCCUUACAGCCGCCACGGGGCCUUGAGCCACCCGGGGCGGCUGAAGCCGGAGCUGGUGGUGCCGGGGGAUGGCAUCGCCAGCGCGGCGGCGUCGCAGGUCUGCGGCUUCCGGCAGAUGAGCGGAACCAGCCAGAGCUGCGGUAUUGCAGCGGGCGUGGCGUCUUUGGCCAGGGAGUACCUCAGUGAGUGGGCGGACGAGGGGCAGGCCCGGCUGCCAGAAGUCUGGGCCUCCACCCUCAGGGCCGCUCUAGUGGGUUCUGCGGAGCUGGAUCGCGCCACAGUCACUGCCGCUUCUACCGUCAUGCUGCCAGAGGUGGGCUAUGGACUUCCCGUCCUCGCCUCGCUGCUGCCCAUGCCGGCAGGGCCCGGGCUGGUGGCGAUCCAGUCCUGGGCCGACAGCAGCGUGGCCCAGCGCUUCUGCUUAGCGAUCCGGCCUGGCGUGGGCGCCGGCUCCCUAUCCGCAACCCUGGCCUGGACAGACCCCCCGGCCUCGGACGGGAGCUUGGUGCAUGACCUCGACUUGCAGCUGGCCUGCGAUGUCCAGACCUGGGCGCAAAAUCUGGGCAACGGCGGGGCCAGCGCCGACCGUGUCAACACCGUGGAGAAGAUUUCGUUGCUUGGUUUCGAUAGCUUCUCCUCUGGGCUCUGCAUAGCUUCCAUCACUGCCAAUGGCGUCUCUGCAAUGUCGCCCCAGCCGUUCUCGCUGGUGGUGGCGGGGCCCUUCGUCCUGUCCCAAUGCGAGGCGCAGGUGCGCCCCCCCAAUUGUGUGCAAGGUGUCGCGGAGCAGUCUGCUUCUGGGUGGCGGUGCCGGUGCUUCCCACCUUACCUGGGCCCUUUCUGCGACCAAGAUGCGAUGACCUUGGAGCUCCAGAGCGACGAGGCAGAGGCGAGCAUCCAGAAACUCAGGGCCUGGCAGUGGACCUUCUUUUCUGCGCCCGUGCCUUGUGCUGGCGACUACAGCCUGGUCAUUGACGCUCCGUCUGGGUCCCUGCAGAUGCAUUUGGCCUGGGGCCACCUCCACACCUCGGGGUCUGGCCUGGAGCAGCGGGAAGGCAUCACCUUCGAUUUGCGCGAGGACGGCAGCACCACGAUCAUCCAGAUGCAGAUCACGGAGGCAGCCUUCGGCUUGGCCCACGCGGCGACUCUGGGGCUGCAGUGGCGGGACCGCAGCGGCGAGAGCAGCAUAAGCCUGCAAUUUUCUUCUGUCGUCAGCAGCUGCGGAGCGGAGAAAGGGCUGGCAUCAGAGGAUCCACUGCCUGUGGCGCUGGCUGUGGGCCUGGCGGUAGCUCUGAUCUUGGCAGCUAUUGCCAGCUUCGUUUGCUGGAGACUCUUCCGGGGCAGGCCAAAGGUCUCGCCGCCGGGAGCUUCGCCAGACAUGGAGGCUGCAGAAGGCAACCAUGUGAACCAUGCGGAGGCCAAGGCCCAGCCGGUGGAGGGCUUCGCGGGGGCCGGGGAGCUCUACGCCAUGGAGGUGGACACCGCGAAGGCCAUGCAGCGCUUCCAGGACACCGUGCGGGAUGCUUUGCAGCAGCGGCAGGGGGAUGGGGGCAUCGUGGGCCAAGUGCUGAAGCAGCUGCCUAUGCAGGACUUCAUCGAUCUCUUCAACACGCUCCCGCCCGGGAGUGACGAGAUCGUGGCCCUGACAGAAGUGCUGGAAAAGGUCAAGGAGAACUUUGACCGCAUCAUCAUUGACACGGCUCCCACGGGCCACGCGGUGCGGCUUCUGAGCUACCCCGACUUCCUGGAGCGCCUGGCCGAGCGCGUGGCGCGGCUGCGGGAGCGCUUCGGGUGGCUGAGCGGCUCCAAAGGUCCUGACCAGGUCCGGUCAUUCCAGUUCCGCAUGAUCGAGCUGCAGGAGCUGUUCACCGAUCCUGAGAGGAGCAGCUUCUGUGUGGUGACGAUCCCCACGAACCUGGCGCUGGAGGAGACGAAGCGGCUCCUCAAGCAACUGGAGGAGCAGGACAUCAACUGUGGACUCGUCAUUGCCAACCGAAUCUUGGACAUGGAUCAGGUAAGCCAAGCGGCGGCCAGCCAGCAAAAGACUCAGGAGGCAGCCUUGGCACUGCUUGAUGCCCUGGCCAAGAAGGAGGGGCUGGAGGUCGUUCGUGUGCCUUACAUGGAUCGUGAGCUUCAGGGCAUCUAUGGUUUGCAGUAUCUAGGACAGAGCCUGGUCGAGGCAUGA